CAGGCAUGUGAGACCCCUUGCGUGGGUGGCAGGUCAGGGUGGGCACGUUGGCGUAAGCGUCUGGGAUGUGCUGGUGUUGGUGCACCUGUGUGGGCACUCAUGCGAGAGCUGGGGUGAUGGCAUGUAUGAGAUGAGCUGAACUGGACCAUCACGUGUCACAUGCCUGCACGGGUGUGUUGUCAACACGCCAAAGUAGCAGCAGUCGUGUGACAACUGUGCGUGAGUGUGUAAAGCCAUGUUCAGGCGAGGGACAAGCCACACUGUGGGUGACAGCUGCACAUAGCAGGGCAUGUGUGAGACCAUGCGAGCUGGGUUGCGGAUGCUUGUGACAUAACCCUGCCCGUGUGUGUGUGUGGUGUGUGUGUGUGUGUGUAUGUGUGUGCGCGCGCGCAUGUGCCAGAUUCCCUCUGACCCGCCCUGGCUCCAGCUUUUGCUUUCGCUUUCCAACUGAGGCGUCCAUCCUGGCUCUUGCAGUGCUGCCGGGCUGCCGGGCAGAGGCAUGGAUGCACAGCACAGUAACGAGACAGCUCCAGUAGCCCUUCCGCAGGCCGCCCACCCCACAGCGAUGGCGUUGCAGACCCCCAUGCCAGCCCCCAUCUGCCUGAUCGAGAACAGCCCUGCAGGGGGGCUGCAGGUGAACCGGGAGGCGCUGGCGCAGCUGCAGGCCGGGAGCCAGCCUGUGGUGGUGGUGGCCAUCGUGGGGCUGUACCGCACCGGCAAGUCCUAUCUCAUGAACCAGCUAGCCAGCAGAAGGACAGGCUUCUCCCUGGGCUCCACCAUCCAGUCACACACCAAAGGCAUCUGGAUGUGGUGCGUGCCCCACCCGCGCCGGCCCGGCCACACGCUGGUGCUGCUGGACACCGAGGGGCUGGGCGAUGUGGAGAAGGGCGAUGCCAAGAAUGACACGUGGAUCUUCGCUCUGGCCGUGCUGCUCUCCAGCACCCUGGUCUACAACAGCCUGGGCAUGAUCGAUCAGUGUGCCAUGGAGCAGCUGCACUACGUGACGGAGCUGACGGAGCACAUCCAGGCCAAGGCGGCGCCUGGGGCCAGCCCAGCGGCAGGGGAGGACGGAGCCCAGUUUGUGCGCUUCUUCCCAGCCUUCGUGUGGGCCGUGCGGGACUUCACACUGCAGCUGCGGCUGGACGGGCGGGACAUCACGGCGGACGAGUACCUGGAGCACGCGCUGAGGCUGAAGCCAGGAAGUGGCCAGGUGGCCCAGACCUACAACCUGCCACGGCAAUGCCUGCGCCGCUUCUUCCCCACUCGCAAGUGCUUCGUGUUUGAGCAGCCAGCCCACAGGGAGUACCUGCACCGGCUGGAGGAGCUGCACGAUGACCAGCUGGACCCUGGCUUCCGCGAGCAGGUGGCCCGCUUCUGCGCACACAUCUGGGCCACGGCGCAGACCAAGGCCCUGCCAGGCGGCCACGUAGUGACAGGGAAGCUGCUGGGGGACCUGGUGGUGACCUACGUGGACGCCAUCCGCAGCGGGGCGGUGCCCUGCCUGGAGAGUGCCAUGCUAGCCCUGGCGCAGGUGGAGAACUCGGCAGCAGUGGAGGCAGCCAUGGCCCGCUACUCGGCGGCACUGGGGCCGGAGCUGGCGCUGCCCACAGAGACGCUGUCGGAGCUGCUGGCGCUGCACGCGCAGGCUGAGCGCGAGGCCUUGCGGGUAUUCAUGGCACGCACCUUCAAGGACGACACGCGCCAGUUCCAGAGCGAGCUCAUGUGCCGGCUGGAGGAGCGGAAGGAGGAACUCUGCCAGCGCAACGAGCGGGCAUCCUUGGAGCACUGCCAGGCUGCACUCGCAGAGGUUUCACGGGACCUGGAUGCCUGCAUCCGGGACGGGUUUUAUGUGGUGCCUGGUGGCUAUCAGCGCUUCCUUGGUGACCGGCAGGAGAUGGUGGAGCGCUACCGGCAGAUGCCAGGCAAGGGGAUAAAGGCUGACGCAGCCCUGCAGGACUUCCUCACCUCCAGGGAGCCGAUGGCCCAGGCCAUCCUGCAUGCUGACAAGGCCCUGACGGAGACAGAGAAGGAGGUGGAAGCGCAGCGCAUCCGGGCAGAUGCCAUGGAGCGGGAGCAGAAGCUGCUGCAGCAGGAGCAGGCUGAGGUGCAGCAGAAGCUGGAGGAGCAGAGGCGCAGCCAUGAGGAGCACGUGCGGCAGCUGGAGGAGACACUGCAGCGGGAGCAGAAGGCACUGCUGGAGGAGCUGGACCGGACGGUGGCACAGAAGCUGCAGGAGCAGGAGGCGCUGCUGUGUGAGGGCUUCCGGAAGGAGUCAGCCCGCAUGGGGGAAGAGCUGCGCCAGCUGAGGGAGGAGAGCGCUGCCGUAAGCCAGCCAUCCUGGAUCAGUGCUGCGCUGGCCCUGCUGGGUGAUGUGGCCUCCCUCAUGUUCCCAUGCUUUAUGGGCAAGAUCAUGGGCUGGGGCACCCAGCUCCUCGGGCGGUUCUUAUAAGGGCAGCGGGGAGUCAUACUGCCUGGCAUGGGGGCUGCUUCGUCCCUGCUGCCACUGUGCAGGCUGGGGUGUGGGAGGGGGCAGGAUGCCAGGCUAGAUGGGCCUGGGGCAAAGGGGUUCCUCCGGGACCCCAGGAAUGGGGAAUGAGUGUAGGGGGAAUGGGGAGCCCAGACGAGAGUCUGCCCCAAGCCAAGCCUCGGCCCCCUGCUCCACACCCACAGGGCAGUGUCUGCCCCGGGACACGUGUGGGUGGAGGGGGCUGAGCUUGGCACCAGCUGCAACAGCAUUGCUUCCAAUAAGUGCAACAGCAAUACUUCCAAUAAACCCUUUACUGAAUCCUGCUGG